GUCACUGUUACAUUCCCCGCUUCUUACUACGAGCGGCAGCGACGGAGAAAGGAGAUCGCAAGCGAUCCAUGGCGACCCUGCGGCACGAACCAAGUUGGAGCUCGAUCCCGGUCGACAUCGCCAUCAAGAUCGCCUCUUUUCUGGAGGCGGCGGAUGUGUGCUCUUUGGGGAGUUGCUCGCGAUUCUGGCUUGGUCUCUGCGACUCUGACUACCUUUGGAUGGAGCUCGCCAAGAAGAGAUGGCCUAUAACCGAUUUAGAUUCAACCUCGACUGGAUCUCCGCAGUUAUUGAAGGUUUCGUCAAGGCUUGACGAAGUUGUUGGGCAAGAAGUUUCUGCUGCGUCUCGAACCUCUUUUCCUCCCCUACAGGGGUGGAGAGAAGUUUACAUUUAUCGACACCAAAGUUUAGCUCGUGCGGUUUCUGCUGUCAAAGAAUUUGUGGAACUAUGUUCUGAAAAUGAAUCGCUUGAAGCUGGUUAUUAUUUAAAAGCAGUCAAUGAUUUACGCUUGUACAGGCUUGGUUUCAAGGAUGUUCAAGUUUUUUUGUUUGCAAAAAGAUGCAGUGUUCUUCUUAAUUUGGUUGGAUUACUUUAUUGCUUUGUUCAGCUUGAAAUUGCACCCAGUGAGGUGAUGGAGGCCCUCUGCAGUAGUGAAGUUUCAGAACGACAAAUUUGUGUAAGGUGGUUCAAGCUUGGGAGAUGGUUCUAUGGUUUCCGCCUUCAGGAUGAGCACCACUCUAGGAAAAUCUCUCUUGGGGAGCUUGCGAUGGGCAAAGAUGAUGAGGUUAUUGGUGUGCUGAACCUCGUGUUUAUAUUACAGGAGUAA